GGUGGUCGAGACUGCGUAAAAACGCACCAAACACACGCCAAACACUUACGAAAUAGUGAGCGUCAUUAAAAAAAAAAAAAAAGAAAGAAAGAAAGAAAGAACCUCGACCCGUCCAGCUCCUGGCACCUAUCUGAAUGAAUAAGCUGUUUGCAGAGAAAGCCUCCUGGAUUUACUGCAGCAGAAAUAACUCAAAGAGCGGAACGCGCUUCAGCUGGUGCGUCGCUGCGAUCUCUCCAGAAAACGAGAAGACACUUCAGGGGAAAACAUUUUAUUGGCCAAACUUUUUAUUUAUUUACUUAUUUAUUUAUUUUUUUACAAAAGAUCAAGACGGCUUGUUUCAGCGACAAGUGGAGAUAUGUUUAAAAAAAGCAAGAGUAAAGUGCUGGUGGAUUAUGCGUCAGAGGAAGACGACAUGUCCUGGCACUAUCAUCACUCCUACAAGGACAAAGACAUAGAAGGAGAGGAAGAGGAGGAGGAAGCUGUCACUGCAGUAUCCAAGGUAAACAGCACAACUUCACAGGACGCCAAGGUGAAGAAGAUCAUGUCCAAGAAAGAGAGGAAGGAGAAGAAGAUGUUCUCCUCUAAAGAUGACGAGCACUUCUUGUUGACUGGAGUAAAGCUGGCUGACCGCAGAGGGUCUCACAAGAAAAUCAAGGAUGACGAGAAGGAGAAGGAAAAGAAGGACAAGCCAGAGAAGGGCCACUGUUUCUGGGAGAGCGUUACCAUGACGAUGAGACAGAUCUCGCCCACCAAAAAACUGGAGAAGAUGGAGGGCUGGGAGCCGCCUCGCCUGGAGAACUUAACCGAGACUGUGACUGACGAAGCCCCAGAGGACAAGAGCCAGAACGGGAACACGCCAGUGUCCUUCCCAGACUCUCUAAGCCUCCCAUUGGAAUUGUCCUCCUGGGCGGGCCGGGGUCUUGAGGAGGACUCCUCCCGCUAUGCUAACCUGUCAGACUCCAAGGAUUCAGCAGCCGCCGUUAGAUGGACAGCCCGCGCUAAAGUCAAGCUGGCCGGCAUUAGCAGGAUGAGCAGAGGGAUUGUGUCAGAAAGCGCUUGGGAGGGGUUUAAAUAGUAGCCAUUUUACCUCUGAUACCCCCUCCCUCCUUACCUGUGUACCAUCAAUAAAGAGGAUGAGGACCUGAACCAAAUAUCUGCUUGUCUCUGUAGUCUAGUUCUGGACGAAACCGGUGUUUAUGUCAGCUGGUAUUGAGAUGCUGUAGUCGAGCCCCGAACAUAACACAUGAAGUUUGUCUUUAUUAUUUUAGCCUUUAAGUCCUCGAAGACAACAUAUGUCUGUUUUUAUCAAUGGGCUAUUUUGGCAGGACUGCUCCUUUAGGAUCACUGACAUAAACUGUAAAUUACAGCAAAUAAAAGCCUUAAACUACUGUACCAUUUUAACUGUGAUAUCCACUGGCAUUUAGAUAUUUUAUAUUACCAAGAAAUGAAAAAUUUGUGAUUUUUAUAUAAUUAUUGUGGCCGUCAAUGGUAGAGAAUCAAUGAAGAAUAUGCAAACCUGCUACUGAAGACUUCAUGUUGGUUUUCACUUCCUUUUGUCUAUGCAGUUAGAGUGAAGAAUGUGAGUCUGAUGCCUCAACGUAUACAUCAAUGAUGGGCUUAAAAUCUGUGCAAUCAUGUGUGUGUGUGUGUGUGUGAGAGAGAGAGAGAGAGUGUGUGUGGGUGGACAUGCACGCACAUCUGUUUUGGUGAAUCGCAGCUGGCAUCGCGAAGGAGAUGUGAAGUUCUGUUGGGAGUAUGUAGGGGAAAUAAAUGUGAGGAGCAAUCAGAGCAACCCCCACAGUGACAUUGACUGAUAGAUGUUUAAAUCUGAUUCUGAGUAAUAUUUAUAAAAUCUGAACGGAUGAAACGAUAAAAAACAAACUCUGUGCAUAGUUGUUUCUCAAGAAAAGCAGCGACUCCGUGCACCUUUGCCUUGUAACAAUAGAGUGACAUCAUGUGUUUGCUGUUAAUGUGAACCAAACGAAAUCCUCCCGUCAGCACAAACCUGAUGUGCUCUUCACAUUGUCUAACGCAGGUGCAGGUGGAACAACCCAGCAUGCACCUGUGCUGCACCAGCCUUUCAGACACAUCUUGGUUUCCAGUUACAAACCAGUGUCCCUGGAUGUUGUUAGCUCCACCAGCAGUAAAAGUGUUUGUGUGCUGCAUUAUAAAAAGCUGGUUCUUAAAUGCUGUUUGCAUAUCUGUAUAUUGUAUAGGACUGAGAUAAUGUAAUUUCAUAUCUACAAUGAUUUUCUCUUUUAGGUAAAUGAGAUGCCACUGGUCUUUGCUUCUUUUUUCUCUUCUUUGUUUUAAUCUGCUUACUGAAUUUGUUUGAUACUGAAGUCUGCUUCAAUGCAGCCACACAGAUACAGGUCUACUUCCAGGGAUGUCUGUAUCCUGUAUUUGUUCACUAGAAGGCUGGGUCACAUUUUCUCAAGCAGAAUAAAGAUUUAGUUUGAC